UGCUAAUAAUUUAAUAUAAUGUUACAAUUCCCAAUUGGAGACACUCAAUGUGGUAGUCAGCAAGGAGACACUCAAAGUUACACCUCAAAUCUCAAUAUUUCCUCUUAAUUUUAAGAAUUUGAUGAUGUCUAAGGAAAUAAAUAUACAAUUAAUGCGUGUUUUUCAUCUUGAAUUUAAUAAAAAUAAUGCAUGUACUGCAAAAAUAUAGGCACACUGGACCCUAAAACCGGUAGGCUGCAUCUCAUUGAGCAAACCAUAAUUCUUUAUGGGCCUUGGUUUGCAUUAAGCCCAAGGGAUCAUUGUCCAGCGGCUAGUAAAAGCACAAAAGAGGGUUUAGUUUGCUUUCAUUGGGCAUAUACGCUUUCUCUGCAAGCAAAAUGCAAGCAGAGGAGCAGCAGCAAUCCUGGAAAGUGAACAUUCAAGCCAGAGCCCAGAACUUCAGUUUCAAACUAAAAGCUACAAAAAUCUUACCCACCGGGAAGUUCCAGCGCUUCUCACUCCUACUUAGGCUCCACAAAGUCAUUCUCAAACUCCAGUUGGAACCAGGGUCGACAGUUUCAAUUUCCACUCAACAAAAACGAACCCUGAAAUCCACUUUCCUCAGACUUCUUGAAAAACUCCGACUCCGCCGUGCGAAGACAACCUUAACUCUCCAACACCCAGAUGUCAAAUCCGCUCUGAAUCGAUUGAAACUGUUUGCCAAUAAGAAAUCAAUCUGCGCAGGCUCUUUGGUUAUUGCGGUUCUUGCCUUGCUGCUGCAAUCAGUCUUCAAAAAAGAUUGUAAGGGAAUUAUAACUCAUACUUCAAUUAUUUUGAUGUACUGGGUUUUAUAUUUUAACAGACACACAAAAGGAAAAACCAGCGGCUUUUGGAUAGUUUUAAUUGUAGCAACAGUUGGUUCAUGGGUUGCGUUUCGUUUAGGCAAAGACUACGUUUCAAAGUAUGCUUGGAAUUGCAUGGAAUGGAGCUAUGCCUAUGCUGCUUCUAGGUGUUGGUAUGCAGCUUGCCAGGUGAUUUUCGCUCUUGUCAAAAUCUUCUUCUCCUAUAUUUCUAAGCUCAAAGAAAAAUGGUUUUAGAUGUAGAAAUUUGACACAAAUAUUGAACAUUUUUAGGUUAAUGUUUUUUUCUGUGCAUUGAGAUGUGGAGUUUGACACAAAGAUCGAAUUCUUUUACUUUGAAAUUCUGGAAUUUAAUUACUAUGCCUUAUUUAUAAAGUAGCUGUAGAAUUUGUAAUUUUUUUACAAGGAGAACCCGGGUUUGUUUGAGUUAGUAUGUGUUAUGGGCUAGAAAGGAAAAUGGGAAGGAGAAUAAAAAACGUAAGAGAGUAUAAGAUUAUUAGAUGGUUUGAAUGGUAUUUGGAUAUCUUUAUUUUAUAAUUAAAAAGUGUGGGGUUUUAAGCAGCAUAGGUUGUCCAAGAUUAGUUCUACGGUCAAAAGUGACAUAGAAAAUCAAGCUAAUUUGGAUAUUGACCAUCCACUUAAGAGAUUGACAAGUUAAUAUCGAGCGGAUCCGUGGGAUAGAUUAAUGAAGUGGUUGAGUUAAGGUAAUACCGUGAUCUUGAAUCGAUUUGACUUGUCAAAUUAGUCAAAAAAUAAAAAAUACUCAUAAUUGUUUGUUGAUAGCCUUUACGGACCAAAAAUAACUAAAAUACCAUUUAAAUCUAACAUUGUUUCUAAUAACAUGUUAAUAGACAUUAAUUGCUAUCAAAUUAAAAUUAGAGGCGAGAAUGCUUAAAUUUGUGAGGGCUCAUAUUUCAAUCCAAAAAUAUGUCUAUUAGGUGGAGAAAGGCCGUUCACAUCUCGCAUCUCUUUCUUAUAUGAAAUUCGUGA